AACUAUAAAAAGCAUGGCUCUGUGGGUAUUUCAGAGCAGAUGGAGCUUCACCUCCAACUACAACAUCCAAAUAUUUCAACCAUGUUUGCCCUGUUCUUCAUGUUGUUUACCACCAUCAUCGCACCACUAAUUCCAACCCUCUCUUCACAACCACCACCACUAAUUCCAACCCUCUCUUCAGAACCACCACCACCACCCUUCCCCACAUUUCCGUCCCUUACUCCGCGUCCAAGAACUCCAGCGCCAGCACUUGAGUUUCCUCCAAUCCCACCUUUCCCCCAAUUUCCCCCUUUCACUCCAUCACCACCAAAUGACAACAAAUGUGCUACAUGUCAAGAACAAACAGUACCAGUGUCGGCCGUGCUGGAGAUUACCUUCGCUCUAACAAUGUCAAUCACCUUAACCGUCACAGUGACGGUUUCCAUUAGCCGGCGAAAGGGGAAAAAAGGGGACCCAGGGGACAAAGCGGAGAAAGGGCCGAAAGGGGACAAAGGGGACAAAGGGCCGAAAGGGGACAAAGGGGACAAAGGGGACAAAGGGGAAGAAGGGGGCGAAGGGCCGUCAUGCCAGCCCUGCCAGCCCUGCCAGCCAUGGAAGCAAGAAUAUAUAAUGUGUGACCAUAGUGGUUGGCCUUGGUAAACUGAUGUGCAUGUGCGAAUAUUGUGGAAUCAGCUAUCAUCUAAUAGCAAAGAUUGAUGUCAAAGUUUUGAAUUUAAGAUUGCAAAUGUUAUAUUCAGUCGUGGGUUUGCUGUGAGCUUUGAACAUUGGUUUCGAUGUGAUGUACUUGUGUGGUUUGGAAUAGUUGUUAUAAUUUGGAAUUGUAAUAAAGAAGGUUAGUGGUAUUUGUGGAAGUUUAGAGGUUAGUAUUUGCAAAUGUUUUGGGUUUGUUUUGGUGUUUGGAUUUCAUUGUAAAUUGUGUUUGUUUUGAUAAUAGAAUUUCUCCUUUAUCUAAACAAAUAGGAAAAAGCUUGUCAAUGACAUGUGUUGCCUGUAAAAUGCUUUUAACAGGGCAGUUUAUUGUGCUUGGCCAUAUCCUUAGCCAUAUUCAAAAAGUGACUCUCUCAUUAAAUUAAAUGGAUUGUAUUGAAUUUGGGAUAUUGGAAAACUCUUGUAUGCGCAUGAGAUACCUUCACAGGAUCUGGGAAUUAAAGUUAGUUUGUGUUGUGAAUGAAUAAGCUCUUGCAAUUUA